AUGUGGUGCCCAUCUCUGUCCCGGCGUGACGUCCGGGUCGCUGGCAAGCGCCGCCGUCUUGAUGGAUUGGCCGCGGUGUUUCCCGACCUGGACGACCUCAUGGCUGACGCCAGUGUGGAGCCUUGCUAUGGACAGGUCCAAGACGAAGACAUGGACGAUGUGGUUGCACCUGCAGCCACAGAACGACCGACACGGUGGGGGCCACUUCACCCUGCAGUAGGCGCAGCGGCCAUUACUCCGCCGACGACUGGUGCGCGUGCAACCCCGACUCCGGCAGCGCGACGACCGCUGACUCCUGCCGCAUCCGGCACUCGUGCCACGCGAUGGGGGCCACGUCACGGCGCGAUCGGGGCUGCGGCGGUUGCCCACCGUGUCACUGGUGAGCCGACUGUUCCCGCGCCCGCUGGCGCCUCACCUGCUUACGCAGAACAUCAUCCAUCGCUGACCGUGCACCUGCUGCAGCGGCUGCUCCAGUCCCCACCGACCCACCGCCCUCGCCAGCCCCAAGCCCUGCCAGUCCGUGUCCGUCCAUUGAUGUGGCUGCAGGUGCAGCGGAGUCCGAGCCAUGGCUUCGGCGGUUCGACGGUACGUGCCGGCAGAACCCUGGACCCGGGGGGCGCUGGUGCGGCUCUCUUCGACUCGAGCGGCACCGUGAGUGCCGUCCACCAUGGUGCCACGCGACUGCUCGUCAAAGGCGACAGCAACCUAGAGUUGGCUCAGGUGCGCGGCUCUUUUGGCUGCACCAACCGACGACUCCGGCGACUGAGAGGUCAAGUGCGGACGACGCUGGGGUGUCUUGAAUGGAAUCAGCUUCGGCAUAUCGACAGGCAAGCCAACGCCCAUGCCGACCGCCUCGCUAACCGUGCGCUUGACGUCCGACGCACCGCCGUGGAGUGUGGUCCUCACUCCGGCAACAUAAGUAGCUGCUUUACGCCUGCUCCCGUCCCUUCAGUUGCCCCGGCACCGAUUCUGCCAGCAGCUACCGCCGGUGACUCUGCUGUCGCUGUCGUGCUGGCUGAUCCGGCCAGUCUUGCCAUCGAGGCCGAGAUUGCUGCUCGUGAUGGAGAGCACGACUCAGCUGCUAGUGUCGUGCAACGGUUUGCGGAAGUCUUGGUGAGCAAGACUUUGGAUGCGGAUAGCUGGGUCACAAGUGAAGGCUACAUUUCUGCCAUCCCUGACCGCCUCCGUGAAGUACUUCUGCCGUACUCAAUCGCACCGGUUGGAAGUACAGACCCACAGUUGCCUCCGACUCGCCCGCCCCGCCGUCGACCUCCCCGCGUGACCCGCACGCAGCGUGAGCACCGAUUUGAUGAGGCGCUUGACGACAUGCAAGCGACCCAGCAGGCGACGACAAGUAACCGGCAAGCGGUCCGAAAGGCGCGGCGCCGGGUUGGACGGGUCCGUGCUUCGAUAGCGCAGCUUGACUUGCGUCGGGAUUUCGCCAAGGACGAAGCCAAGUGUGUGGCCAUGAUUUUGGACGGUGCCUCGGCGAAGACCGCGGGUGUCGAGCACCCAAACACCUGCCCCAUUGACAGGGAGGAGCUCUACCGCCACUUUGUGGGCACCAGCACGGCCCCAGCUCCCUUCAACUAUGAUGCUGCUGAAGGACACGAGUUCCGGGCCGUGCUCAACGGCUUUUCGAUGGAUACACUGGGUGGUGAUUGUUUCGAUGGAGAUAUUUCGAUGGAUGAAGUGGAGGACCAGCUACUGCGGGCAGCCGAGGCAUCCAGCCCCGGUCAUGAUGGGGUUGGAUAUGAUGUUUUUCGCCGGUUUGCUCCGCAGUUGGUACCCCUUCUGCACGCCGCAUACCAGUUCUGUUGGCUGCAUCGGAUGGUGACCGUGCCGUGGAAGGUGGGCGUCGUUCACCUGAUCCACAAGAAGGGUGACCCGAUGCAGCCGACCAACUGGCGACCGAUGUGCCUACAGCCCGCUAUCUACAAACUCUACAGCGGGUUGUUAGCACGUCGUCUAUCGCGCUGGUUAGAAUUGAACAACCGGCUGCCGAUGGCACAGAAGGGGUUCCGGGCUUUCAACGGUUGCCAUGAACACAAUUUUCUGGCAACCACGAUGUUGGAUCAGUCCCGGCGGUCGCACCGCAAGUUGUACCAAGUGUGGUAUGACUUACGGAACGCCUUCGGUUCGCUGCCACAGCCACUCAUGUGGCAGGUGCUCCGCCGCAUUGGCGUUGAGCCCCGGUUCAUUAACCACUGCCAGGACAUCUAUCAUGAGUCGUCCUUUGUGGUAGUGAAUUCGCAGGACGGUGCGACUGACCCACUGGAGGAUGUCGGUGUGCCGCUGGCGGAUGGUGUCCGGCCGUGCACCACCGCCUAUGCUGAUGACAUCAAAGUUUUCAGCAAUAGCGCUGCCGGCAUCCAGAGUUUCCAUGUUGUGGUCAAGCGCUUCCUCGCAUGGACCGGCCUUGCGGUGACCAUCAAUGCCCGUGGCAACCCGGCUCGUGACGAUAGCGUGCGCUUGGAGCUAAAUGGUGAUGUCAUCGUCCCACUUACCCUUAACGAGAGUUACCGGUACUUGGGGGUGGGCGAUGGCUUCGACCAUGUGCAGCACCGCCUCCAGCUUGAACCCAAGCUAAAACAGAUCAAGCGGGAGACGGUCGCGCUGAUGCAGUCUGGACUCGCGUACGCCCUUCGCCACCUGCGCCCGCUACAGUCGCAGCUCCAAGGAUUUGACUGCGCCGUGAAGCGUGGGUUGAGGAAUCUGUUGCGCCUGCCCCAGUCCGCCACCACCGAGUUCUUCUACACGCCAACGUCGGGUAGUGGGCUGGGCCUGCAGUCGCUGGUAGAGAUGCACCAAGCGCUGCAGGUAGCACAUGUGUGGUAA